UGACACCUCACCAACCAACAUGUGUCAACAUGAAGGGGACCAUCUCUCUCACGAGUUUGUCCGUAGCUCUGGCACCUCUCAGAGCCAACUAAGAACUCGCAAAACUGAAAUGAAUACCGCCCAUGUGGAUGUGCAUACGGCAUCCUACAAUUGACAAUUCACAACCUCGGGUCUCUUUGUAUAUGAUUCAUCAUUGUUUUUCCUUUUCGUGCUGGGAUGUGAAGAAACCAAGCCACGACCUCCUCAGAAACCAAGUCUUCGUGCUUUGCUUCCCUUUGCUCUGACCGAUCCUACGCUGGCACAAACUCUGCCUCACGCUUGCGAGCUGGUCCAAGAGCAAUGGCGCCGUCCAAGAAGGUGCUGAUGCUGUGCGGCGACUACAUGGAGGACUACGAGGCGGCCGUGCCCUUCUACGCGCUGGCCGGCCUGGGCGUCGCCGUCCACUGCGCCGCGCCGGGCAAGGCCCCCGGCGACCCCUGCCCCACCGCCGUGCACGACUUCCUCGGCUACGACCUCUACACGGAGCUCCCCGGCCACCGCUUCCGCGUCACCGCCGACUUCGCCGCCGCGGCGGCCGACCCGUCCUCGUACGACGCGCUCGUCGUCCCGGGCGGCCGCUUCGUGGAGCAGCUCAGCGUUGACCCCGAGGCGGUCGCGCUCGUCCGGGCGUUCGCGGCCGAGCUGCGCAGGCCGGUCCUGCUCACGUGCCACAGCCAGGUCCUCCUCGCCGCCGCGGGCGCCAUGGCCGGCGUCCGGUGCACCGCCUUCUUCAGCCUGCGGCCCGUGGUGGAGCUGGCCGGCGGGACCUGGGUCGAUCCCGAUCCCUUCAGCCUCUGCGUCGCCGAUGGCCACGUCCUGACCGCCAUCGGGUGGCCCGCGCACGGCGAGAUCAUCGCGCAGCUCCUGCGUGCCAUGGGCGCGCGAGUCCACGGCGGGCGCGGCCAGGGCGUCCUCUUCCUCUGCGGCGACUACGUGGACGACUACGAGGCGAACGUGCCCUUCCGCGCGCUGGCCGGCGUGGGAUGCCGCGUGGAGGCGGCGUGCCCGACGAAGCGCAAGGGCGAGGCGUGCGUCACGGCGAUCUACGAAGACGUCGCCGGCGCAGCACCCGGCACGGUGAGCGACGAGAAGCGCGGGCAUAACUUCGCGAUGACCGUGGACUGGGCCGACAUCGACGUCGACGACUACGAGUGCGUGGUCGUGCCCGGCGGCCGCUCGCCGGAGCUGCUGGUGACCAAAGAGGAGGCGGUGGCGCUGGUGGCGAAGUUCGCCGCCAAGGGGAAGGUGGUCGGCAGCAUCGACCAGGGCCACCUCGUCCUCGCCGCGGCGGGGCUCCUCAAGGGCAAGAGGUGCGCGAGCGGGGUGCCCAUGAGGGUGAUCUCCAACCUCGCCGGUGCGGUGGGCGUGGAGCCCGAAGGAGCGGUCGCCGACGGAAAGCUCGUGACGGCGGCGAGCUGGCCGGACCUUGCCGAGUUCAUAGCUCACCUCGUGGAUCUCUUAGGCAUCACCGUCUCCUUCUGAAUCUGAAGAUGCAACGCAUCUUCUCCUCCGUCUGUAAUAACUUGAGUGUGAACAUUGUCACACUCUGCAGAGUUUAGAUAUUGUCCACGAGCUGUUAUUAAUGGCGCCAAUGGCCAUAUGGUUCCUGUUAAUCAACAACUAUCAGAGGUGAUCUACAAUUGUUCUUGACCCUGAAGUUGUACGAUUGAUGAUCUGAGUCUAUAUUUUGAUCUGGAAUGGAAUAUUUUCAUUA